GACGGACGCCGCUGUCACUGACGGGCUUCGCUGCAACGCGGCUGCUGCAGACUGUUCUCUCGCGCAUGGACAAUGUGACUGUUGAGCUGCUGGUUGACUUCUUCUACAGGAACACCGCUGCCACUGUGAACGACAUGCUCUACGGAUCCUUCACUGACGACACGGCGUGUGAUGCCACUGGCGGUGCUGGGUGCACUAAUAACUACGGGGCGACGCGCAUUUCUGUGUGGUCGCUUGCCCGUGCGCUGGACCCCGCCGUGCCCGUGCUGUUCCCCGCCGUGACCCCGUCGAUGCGGUACGCGGAGCCUGCUGCGCAUGGACUGAAAUUGCAGCAGCUGAUUAGCAUUAUCGUUGGCGGCGUUGUUGCUGCUGUGCUGCUUGCGGCUGUGGUGGCUGUGCUGCUGUGGUGCUGCCACGACUCGCGUGACAACGCGAAUGCACCGAAGGAGCCGACAGACCCCGUGACGCUUGUGUUCACCGACAUCGAGAGCAGCACGGCGCUGUGGUCCGCGCUUCCCGAGGCGAUGCCUGACGCCGUGGCGACGCACCACCGGCUGAUCCGCGGUCUGAUCGCGAAGUACGGCUGCUACGAGGUGAAGACGAUCGGCGACUCGUUCAUGAUAGCGUGCAAGAGUGUGUUUGCCGCCGUGCAGCUUGUGCGUGAGCUGCAGCAGGUGUUUCUGCAGCAGGCCUGGGAGACGAGUGCGUUUGACGCCGCGUACCGCAAGUUCGAGGAGAGCCGUGCAAAGGAGGAGGAAGAGGCAGAGGAGUACGUGCCGCCGACUGCGCGCCUGGACGCCGCCGUGUACCGGCAGCACUGGAACGGUCUGCGGGUGCGUGUUGGGGUACACACCGGGCUGUGCGACAUCCGGCGCGACGAGGUGACGGGGGGGUACGACUACUACGGCGACACGGCGAACAUGGCGGCGCGCACGGAGAGCGUGGGGCACGGCGGGCAGGUGCUGCUGACGCGUGCGGCGUACAUGGCGCUAAGCACGGCAGAGCGGGAGGAGGUGGAGGUGACUGCGCUGGGCGCGGUGGCGCUGCGCGGGGUGCCGGAGCCUGUGGAGAUGUACCAGCUGGACGCUGUGCCCGGGCGCACCUUCGCUGCGCUGCGGCUGUACCGAGAGGCGGCGGAGCUUGACGACAAUGGCGAUGCUACGUCAAGCAGUGACGAGGCCUCU